UUGUAAUUUUGUGUAAACAAAAACCGAAAAAAGCAAUAACCUUUGUCUCAAAAAAAAUCUCUCUUAUCUUCUUUAUCAUUGUAAAUUGUGAUUGUGAUCAUCAUAAUUGUGUAUCCUUCACUUCUCUUUCAUACUUGUGCAAAUUAUCUCGCUUCACCUUCAAAUAAUUCUUUAAUGUCUUCUUCUUCUCUCUCUAUUUGUGUAAGCUCAAGCUAAAAUCUUUCCAUUUAUAUACCCUUAAGCUUUUGCCACGUUUCCAUUCCUCUCUCUCUCCAAAUCAUUUCCUCAAAAAACAAUACUUUCUCACUCUACUUUGUUUUACUUUGUCUUUUUUCCCACCUUAUGUGCUGAAAUAAUAAACCCACAAAUAAAAGUAUAAACCCCCCAUGAUAUCACUCUAAACUUUCCUAUACUUAAAGAAAGGAUUGAACUUUGAAGAACAAAAUACAAAUCUUUCUUUCUUUAUUGAUUUAGGUUUUAGAUUGAAAGGGAAAAUAUGGAGAGGUAUGAAAUUGUUAGAGAUAUUGGGUCUGGUAAUUUUGGUGUAGCUAAACUUGUUAAAGAUAAGUGGACAAAUGAUUUUCUUGCUGUUAAAUUCAUUGAAAGAGGUCAUAAGAUUGAUGAGCAUGUGCAAAGAGAAAUCAUCAAUCACAGUUCCUUAAAGCAUCCUAAUAUAAUCAGAUUCAAGGAGGUUUUUCUGACUCCGACUCAUCUUGCAAUAGUCAUGGAAUAUGCAUCAGGUGGAGAAUUAUUUGAACGGAUAUGUAAUGCUGGUAGAUUCAGGGAGGAUGAGGCAAGAUUUUUCUUUCAGCAACUGAUAUCAGGAGUUAGUUACUGUCAUUCGAUGCAAAUUUGUCAUAGAGAUCUAAAGCUCGAAAACACACUCUUAGAUGGAAGUGCUGCACCACGUGUCAAGAUAUGCGAUUUUGGCUACUCCAAGUCUUCGGUGUUGCAUUCCCAACCGAAAUCUGCAGUUGGAACACCAGCUUACAUCGCACCCGAAGUGCUAUCCAAGAGAGAGUAUGAUGGGAAGAUUGCAGAUGUGUGGUCAUGUGGUGUCACCUUAUAUGUCAUGCUGGUCGGAGCAUAUCCCUUUGAAGAUCCAUCCGAUCCAAAAAACUUCAAGAAAGCCCUUGUUCGGAUACUUGGUGCACAGUACUCAAUCCCCGACAAUAUUCCAAUAUCUCCAGAGUGUCGGCACCUUCUAUCUCGGAUAUUUGUGGCCAAUGCUGAAAAGAGAAUAACAAUUCCAGAGAUAAAAAAACACCCUUGGUUUAUGACGAACUUACCGUUGGAGCUCAUGGAAGGCGGAAGCUGGCAAACCAAUGACGUUAACCAACCGUCACAAAGCGUUGAAGAGAUAUUGUCUAUGAUUCGAGAGGCACGGCAGCCUCUUCAACCGCCCAAUACAAACGGACUUCUUGGUAGUGGUAGCAUGGAUUUCGAUGAUGUUGAUGCCGAUGCUGAUGCCGAUCUUGAUUAUAUUGAAAGUAGCGGUGAAUUUGUAUGACGACAAAUAUUAGUUCAGAAUAGAAAAUGUAUCAUAUGUAAAGCAUAAACUAUUUCACCCACGCGGGUGAACGAUAAGCAUCAGUUCCUCGUAGUCUUGUAGAGAAAUUGGCAAAAUGAGACGAUUUCUUUGCCUCGACUAUGGUGUUAUUUUGAGUAUCAACGGAAUGUAUUUUCUCUUUAGUUAGUUACUCCAAGCUUGUUUUAGCCAUCAA